GAGCGAGCGCAUCAAACACGCACCUCCUCCGCCGUCUUCCCCCCUCUCCUCACCUCACCUCCUCAUCGCCUCGUCUCCACCUCCGCGGGGUUUUGCGGGGGGACGGUUGGCGUCUUGCGCUGCUGGUGGGGAGGGCCGUUUGGCGGCCGUCGGGCUUUCCUUCCUUCCUCUGCCUUGCCUUUGAGGAGGAGGUCUAUCUCGGGACGGGAGGUUUCUUGAGGGGUUUUAGCCGGAGCUGAGCGCGGUGGCGGAGUCAUCAAAUGCGAGUGGAGUGAUGUGGGCCAUGGAGGAGGAGAUGUUCGUGGCGGUGAGGCGCACGGAGCACGUCGAGGUCACCUCCCGGGCGGUGGAGGUGCCGCCGGCGGCCAAGGAGAGCGGCGGCGGCGCGGGGCCGAGGACCGUCAGGGUGUUCUGCGACGACUACGACGCCACGGACUCGUCCGGCGACGACGACGACGAGGAGGCCGCCGCCGCCGCGCGCCGGAGGGUGAAGCGCUACGUGCAGGAGAUCCGCCUGGAGCGGGCGGUGAAGGAGGCGCCGCCCGCCAAGGCCGCGGCGUCCUCGGCGAGGGUGAAGCUGGUGCUCCCCGGCCGGAAGAGGAAGGCCGACGGCGCCGGCGCCGCGGAGCCGCGGUUCCGCGGCGUGCGGCGGCGGCCCUGGGGAAAGUAUGCGGCGGAGAUCCGCGACCCGUGGCGGCGGGUGCGGGUGUGGCUCGGCACCUUCGACACCGCCGAGGAGGCCGCCAAGGUGUACGACUCGGCGGCCAUCCAGCUGCGCGGGCCCGACGCCACCACCAACUUCGAGCAGGUCGACGACGCCGCCCCCGCCGUCCCCGCGGAGGUCGCCGAGCGCCUCCCCCAGCCGCCUCAGGCCGCGGCGUCCAAGAACGCGUCUUCCUCCGCCACCUCCUACGACUCCGGCGAGGAGUCCCACGCCGCGGCGGCGUCCCCGACCUCCGUGCUCCGCUCAUUCCCGCCGUCCGCGGUCGCCGCCGGCACCUGCAGCAAGAAGCCGGCGCCGGCUCCCGUGCCGGCAGCACCACUGCCCGCCUCCCGCGCCCCGGAGACAGAUGAGUCAAGCGGCGUGUUCGGCUGCCCCUUCAUGGGCGACGACUGCUUCGCCGGCGAGUUCCCGCCCCUCUACACCGACUUCGACCUCCUUGCCGACUUCCCGGAGCCGUCGCUGGAUUUCCUCGCCGACAUCCCCGAGGAGCCCCUGUCCCUGGCGUCCUUCUCCGCCACCACCACCACCAGCAGCAGCGAGACCUCGUCGGAGCCGCCGUCGCCGGAGAGGUGGCAGCAGGUGGACGACUUCUUCCAAGACAUCACCGACCUGUUCCAAAUCGACCCGCUGCCCGUCGUCUAGCUAGCGCUCCACCACCAACUGUAAACACCGGGCUUAGCCGAGCAGCUGCUAAUCCGGCCAAUUUUGUUUGCAUUCCGUCGUUUUCUUUCUUUUUAGUAUUUCUUUUAGUAGCGUGAGAAGAAGCUUGUUCGGCAGGGCGGCGUAGCUGCCGCCACUGCCACCCCCGCCGAGGAGGAAGAAGAGUCCUUGGACGGGGCGAGUUGCGAGAGAGAGAGAGAGAGAGAGAGAGAGAGAGAGAGAGAGAGAGAGAGAGAGAGAGGGAGAGGUGUGUUGGUGGGAUGGGAAUGGGAUCUUCCGCCAUGGAUGGUCCUCUGUCCCGCGACUGUGACCAUCAUCAAGUUAUCAGUAAUUAGAGAGAAAUUUUAAGCUA